AUGAUUUACGACACAGAAGUUUUCUGCGUCAAUGACGUUCUAGAAAAAAAGAAUGGGGGCAGUUACAGCGGCGGCUACCUGAGAACUCUAGUUUUCCCCCUGCUACAAACAUUAGCAAUGUAUCUACUACCACUAUACAUUGCAGUUCUACAGCUUACAUUGGUGCUCGCUGGGACUGGCCACUCACCUGGAUACUGCAACACAUACGAUAAUUGUGGUAAAAAAUCGAUAUUUGGCAAACCAUUACCGUGUGCUAAUUUCGUUCCCGCAACUGAACCAAGUAAAGAAUCACGAGACAGGUUGGCAAAAAUUUGUGGUCGAGACUUUGAUUAUGUCUGUUGUUCAUCGAGCCAAAUUGAUGAACUAGAAUCGAAUUUGAAACGUGUGGAUGCAAUUAUAUCGUCAUGUCCAGCGUGCCACAAGAAUUUCUAUGAUUUUUUUUGUCAAUUUAGUUGUUCACCUAAUGAAUCGACAUUUGUGGAAAUUGUCAAGACUCAAGUGGCUAAAGACACCGGUAAGGAAAUCGUUACCGAGAUUGAUCAAUAUGUGUCACCAGAUUUAGCAGAAAAGUUUUUUAAUUCAUGUAAAGAAGUAAAAUUCCUGGCCACUAAUGGGUUUGCCACGGAUUUGAUUGGUGGCGGAGCUAAAAACUAUUCUCAAUUUUUGAAAUUCUUGGGUGAUGAGAAACCGCUACUUGGUGGGUCUCCAUAUCAGAUUAAUUUCAAAUACGAAUUGAAUCAGGGACAAGAGAAGCAAGGGUUGAAAUUGAGAAAUGAUGAAAUGUUUUCAUGUAGUGAUGAAGAGUAUAAAUGUGCUUGUACCGAUUGUCAAUCAUCAUGUCCCAAACUACCUCAUGCCAAAAAUUUGAGCAAGAGAUGUACUGUUGGUUUAGUUCCAUGCUUUACAUUUUCCGUUUGGAUGGUUUUGGUGUGUUUGGUGAUUCUACUUGGUGGGUACCACAUCUACCUUGCAAAUGCUAAACGCGAAUUCAAAAGACGUGGAUCGUAUGAAGAUGAUGAGGAGGAUGAGAUUAUUAGUCCAUUAAACUAUGUCACUGUUCGCAAACCAGUUGUGCGUCAGUUUUCCGAUAAAUUAAAUUCACAAGUUCAGGAUGGGUUUGAAAAAUUGGCUAAAUUUUGCUCAACGUUCCCCGGAGUGACAAUUGGCACGUCGUUGGUGGUGUCAUUAUUGUUCUCCCUUGGUAUGUUGAAGCUCAAUAUUGAAACGAAUCCAAUCAAUCUUUGGGUAAGUCCUAAUGAGCCAGCAUAUAUCAAUCAACAGUAUUUCGAGUCUAAUUUUGGUGAAUGGUUUAGAAUUGAACAAGUUAUUGUCAGUACUGCAAAUGGUGAACCAAUUUUCAAUUGGGAUACAAUCGAAUGGUGGUUUAAGCAGGAGCUGAUACUUGAAAAUUUAAGCCCGCACACACGUCUUUCGGAUAUUUGUUUUAAACCAUUGGGAGGCGCAUGUGCAAUUGAAUCAUUUACUCAAUACUUUGAUGGUGAUAUCAAUCGAUUGAGUAACGAUACAUGGGCGCGCAAGUUGCAAAAUUGUGCAGAUUCUCCCGUCAAUUGCUUACCUUUAUUUCAACAACCUUUGAAACCGGCAUUGUUGUUUGACAAUUCAGAUAUAUUGAAAGCAACAGCAUUCACAAUGACGGUUUUGAUUGAUAAUAAUUCUUCAAACACGACAUUGGUUGAUGAUAUUGUGUCUUAUGAGCACUCAUUCCAAGCAUGGGCGAAGCAACUCCAGAAUAAUUACUUGGGGUUGAAUGUGGCAUUUAGCACCGAAGUGUCCCUCACUGAAGAGCUCAAUCAGUCAUCAAACACUGAUAUUAGAAUUAUUGCCAUUUCGUAUAUUGUCAUGUUUAUCUAUGCAUCGUUGGCACUUGGUGGUAAGUUGCCAUCAAAGUCAAUGAAAUCGGUGGUCAAGUCGAGGUUUAUGUUGGGGUUAAGUGGAAUUAUCAUUAUUCUCCUUUCAGUUACCUCAUCAGUGGGGUUGUUUUCCAUGUUGGGAUUUAAAUCGACUUUGAUCAUUGCUGAGGUGAUUCCAUUUCUUGUUUUAGCAAUUGGAAUUGACAAUAUUUUUCUUAUUGUUCAUGAACUCCACAAGAUUACUGAGCAUGAACCAGAUUUGGAUGUGACAUUGAGAAUAUCAUUUGCCAUGAGAAAUAUUGGACCGUCAUGUUUCAUUAGUGCUGUUCUACAAGUAUCAAUGUUUAUCUUGGCAACGUCCGUGGAUAUGCCAGCAGUGAAAAACUUUGCCAUAUACAGUGCAGGAGCCGUGGCGAUUAAUUUCGUCUUACAAAUGACAUGUUUUGUGGCAUUGUUGGCAUUGGAUCAAAAGCGAUUAGAAGAGAAUAGAGUAGAUUGUGUUCCCUGUGUGACAAUCUCCGCCCCAGUACAACUAGAAGAAGACCAUCUUGAAUACCAUCUUGAGUACGAUUUUUCUCAUUGGAUUAAAGAGCGAUAUGCUCCUUUCAUAUUGAGCAACACCACCCGCCCCAAGAUCCUCACUUUUUUCAUCCUUUGGCUUGGUAUUUCUCUAAGUUUAUUCCCCGGCAUCAAUUUCGGGCUUGAUCAAAGAAUUGCAAUUCCUAAAAAUUCCUACCUUGUUGAUUACUUUAAUUCUGUUUAUGACUAUUUCAAUUCUGGUCCACCGGUGUUUUUCGUGGUACGCGACUUGGAUGUAACCCAACGUGAAUACCAACAAGAAAUAUGUGGACGGUUCACCACCUGUGAUAAAUUCUCCCUUGCCAACAUAUUGGAACAAGAAUUUAAAAGACUGAAAAAAUCAAUGAUUGCUGAGCCAACUAGUAAUUGGCUCGAUGAUUUCCUCACUUGGUUGAACCCGGACCUUGAUCAAUGUUGUCGAUUUAAAAAGCUGUCACUAUUUGAAAUACCACAAUUUUGUGCACCAAAUGAUCCUGAACGUCAAUGUCAAACAUGUUUUGCUGAUCAUGAUCCUCCUUAUGAUGCAAAUAUGAAUGGGUUUCCACAAGGUGAUGAAUUCAUGUUUUAUUUCAAUCAAUGGAUACAAGAACCCAGUGAUCCAUGUCCAUUGGGAGGCAAGGCACCAUAUGGCAAUAGUAUUUCCCGAACUGAGAGCAAAAUUGAUGCUAGUUAUUUCCGAACUUCACAUACUCCAUUACGUUCACAAGAUGAUUUCAUUGCUGCUUAUCGUAAUUCAAUCAGGAUUGUUGAUGAAAUAAAGCAAUUGAUUCCUGGGUUGAAUAUUUUCAGUUGGUCACCUUUUUACAUUUUUUUUGUACAGUAUUUGCACAUUGUUGGUUUAACUUUUAGUCUUAUUGUUGGAGCCAUUGCCAUUAUAUGGGUUGUUUGUACAGUGUUGUUGGGGUCAGUUAGGUCAAGUACAGUAAUGACCAUCACCAUUGCUUCAAUUAUGAUUGAUAUUGGUGGAGUAUUGGCAUUGUGGGAUAUCUCAUUGAAUGCAGUAACGUUGGUUAAUUUGGUCAUUUGUUGUGGGUUAGCUGUUGAAUUUACCAUUCAUUUAACUCGGGCAUAUACUGUGUCCAAAGUAUCAAUAUUUGAGGAUGAGAAUGAGGAUAAUAUGUAUGAGAAUUUCAUCAACUACAACAGUGUCAAUUCGUCAACUUCGGCAUCUGUACAAGAAUUGAAUGAUAAGAUUAGAUACCUGAAGGCGUUCAACUCGAUUGUCACCGUGGGAGGAUCCAUCAUUGGUGGUAUUACAUUUACAAAAUUGAUUGGUAUAUCGAUAUUGGCAUUUACGAGAUCAAAGAUUUUUGAAGUUUAUUAUUUCAGAAUGUGGUUCCUGUUGAUCAUUAUAUCUGCUGUACAUGCGUUGGUGUUGUUGCCAAUAUUGUUAUCCUACUUUGGCGACUUGAACAAGUCAAAUACGAUUGUGUAUGAUGAAUAUAGUGAGUAG